CUUCUGAUUCUGAUUUUUUACUAAAUACCAAAUCAUGAAAAUCUAACAUCGAUUGGUUAUCAUCAGGGUCACAAUUAGCUCCCCUUAUAGGAGUACUAAGAUUCGUUAAUAUAGUGGUUUUGAGUGUAGCGGCAAAAUGGUGGCAUGUCGGAUUUUGGUUUGUUGGAGAAUGUUGCUUAAUUAAACCGAAAAGAUUCUCCAAAGAAUCUUGAUUGAGUUGGCGCAAAUUAAGGAAUUUAAAUCCAAUUGAUUGUACCUAGUUCCAAAUAUCUUGUAGAGAACAUAUAGUUGUAUAGUACCUAUUUACAUAGCAUUUUUCUUAAUCUUAGUCGACUAUCAGAUUUUAAAAAGUGAAUGGAUUUGACUUUCUUUCUUAACUCUAGCCAUAACUUAUGAUGUAUACUGUAUUUGGAAAGACUACAUAUAGUACAUGAAAGAGAGGAGAAAAAAAAAUACAAUUGUUUUUUUUAUUGUUAAGUUUGACUGAAUAAAUAUGUUUAUUUGUACUCACUUCUUUAUUUUACCAUAACCUAGAUUAACCGUCUCGAAUCCGUCAAUGACAACAGUACUGUCAUAGGCGGUUUCGCGACGACAAUAAAAUAUAUUUUGUUUUCAUUCUGUUGGAUAUUCUGGAUAUGCAGAUUAUUAUCGAUUUCGAUGUUCCUACUAACUGCACAACACUAUUUCGUUUUUAAUCUUAUGUUGGUAGCACUUUAUGAUGCUCGUUAUUGUCGUUACUUUGCCUAUGCUAACUUAGCCCUGUUUAACGUUUCUUACAUUUAUUUUUAUAUAUGGAGGUCCCGUCUCUUCUUACGUAGUAUUUGUAUUCUCUUUGAUAAAGGCUGAAAAUGCUGCGUAAAAUAAUUGCUGGCUUUGGAUUUUAGUUCCAAUAAAACAAUGGAUCGAAACGUCUUUGUAAUAAAGCCUUCUUACCACUUCAAAUAAAUCCUCUGUCACAAUUUAAAAACAUUGCCGUUCUUUUUUUGAAUUCCUGUCAGAAUAUUUUCUCCUCACGACACCAAACGAAAUUUUUGUACGUAAAAAAACAAUGUAGGUAUAAUAAAAUUUUAUAAAAAUUUGUUGUGUAUAAGGAAUUAUGUCUGUCGUCAUGAUGUUCGCCCCGCUGCGAUGUUACAAAAACAUUAAAUUUGUGAACCAAGGUUUUUUCGCUUUGGGCCACGGUGGUAUCAGCCCUGGGUGCAAAUCAUAUUCCAAAGAUAAAGGGUCAUGCUGCAAAGAUGUGUCUCAAACCGAGGGUAAGAAGAUAGAGCCGUGGCCUAAGGCGGACCCUCCGCCGCCGGCUUGGCGCGCAGAAUGUCCUAAGGACCCCCAACCCCCCAACUACGACCCCUACAGGAUCAAAGUGCCCGAUGUGGUAGUGCCGCCCCUACCGCCCAGUAAUGUGAAGCCGAUGCUGGAGUGCGCGCGCACCCGCGGCCCGUGCUCAGGGAAGCCCGCGCCUCCGCCGCCGCCGUGCCCAAUCCCUCCUCCUAAGCCGUUUCCCUGGAUAUAUGUGUGGCUGCUUGCAUCUUUUUGUUCCAUCGUUGGUGUUAUAUAUAAGUUGUACGUUUGGAAAGAAGAAAAGGAGAAGCUUGGAGAAUACAGACCUAUAUGGCGUCCCCGUCGUAAGACGAAACGUCCAUACCAUGACAAGGAUCUUCCCGCGUGCGUGCAGUACUUGAUAGUGGGCGCUGGGGCGGCUGGUUGGGCCGCUUACAGGGCCAUCAUGCACCAUGACAAGAAGGCGAAGGUGUUCUUCAUAUCCAAGGAGGACUGUCUGCCGUACAUGCGCCCGCCGAUGUCCAAAUUCAUGUGGUGGAACCCAGACCCUCCAGACCUCAAGACGCUUAACUAUAUUGAGGAAGGCAGGAGGAAAACCAUGUACCUGUCGGAGUGCGCGAAGUUCAUGGACCCGGUGAAGUUCUACCGCAAGAAGACCGGGCCGGCGGUGUCCAUCGCGACCGGCUGGUGCGUGCUGCGCGUCGACGCGGACGAGCACGUGGUCUACGUGAAGACCAUGUGCGGCGAGCAGCCCGUCUACUACGAACGGUGUUUGCUUGCGCCAGGGUCGAAGGCGAAGGUCCACAGCGUGUUCAAGUCAGCGCCGAAGGGUGUGCGCGACAAAGUGAGCACCAUACGGACGAUACGCGACCUGGAGAUCGCGUACCGGAAGGUGAAGGCGGCCAAGCACGUGGUGAUCAUCGGCGGCGGCACGCUCGGCUGCGAGCUCGCCUGGCACCUCGGCAAGAUGAACCAAUUGGUGGAGCGGGCUCCUGACGAGGAGCCGAUCCAGUUCGUGCACAUGUUCAAAGACAAGGGUCUGAUGGCGGGCGUGCUGCCGGAGUACCUCGGCGAGUGGGCAGCCGAGAAGAUCAAGUGCGAGGGUGUCACCGUCAUGCCUAAGACGCAAGUGUACGAUGCGUUCGAGACGCCUGAUGGGAAGCUGGAGUUGACGCUGUCCGACGGGAGCUCGCUCAUUACAGAUUACGUGCUGGUGGCUAUCGGCGCGGAGCCGCGUGUGGAGAUAGCCGAGCCGUCGUUCCUGGAGCAGGACCACAUAAACGGCGGGUUCAAGGUCAACACAGAACUGGAGGCCAGGACGCAUCUAUACGUAGCGGGCGACGCGGCGAGCUUCCACUCGCAGUGGCACGACACGCGCCUGCGCAUCGAGCACUACGACAACGCGGAGGAGCAGGGCUACGUCGCCGGCGCCAACAUGACCGGCUACUGGCUGCCCUGCAACAUGGAGCCGCACUACUGGCUCCGGCUCGGGCAUGAGCUCGAGAUGCAGGUGGUGGGCGAGGUGGGGGCGUGCCUGCCCACGGUGGCGCUGUUCAAGCAGUGCGAAGACGAGCCCGCCAUGAAGGCGCAGGCGGUGGACGCCGCCUCCGGAGACAGGCCCUGCUACAAGAAGUCUGAAGAGUAUCAGAACAGGUACAAGCGCGGCAUUCUGUUCUACCUGCGCGACGAGAUCGUGGUCGGGAUGGUGUUCUGGAAUUUACCGCCCAUAGAGGACCGGAAGGAGGUUGUCACAGAGAUGCUGCGUGCGCGUCCGUCGUACAAGGAUAUCAACAUGUUGGCCGAGCUGUUGGGAUUCCCCGAGACACAGUGCACGUAUCUACCCGACGAGCAACUGAAAGACCCCGGACCCUGCAUAAAGAAUUGGCGGGUGUUUUAAGUAGUUUUCUAAAAGACUUGCAAGGAUAUUUACAAGUGGCUUGUCAAAGAGUUUACAAAGAUGUGAUCUUGCUCAAACUAAAUGUGUGUUUCUCAGUUGUAAUGGAACUUCACGUAGUAACGUUAUACUUGAUAAUAAAUUGCGAUAAACACGGC